GUCUUUGUUAGCAGAACAUUUCAUUUGUUUAUUUUACUUUUUAUGGCGUCAUAUUUCAGGCCCAGAUUCUUGGCAUUCUGUCACCCGUCUGAAGGGCUUUCUAAGUGUCUCAGAUGUCACGCAGCCCUCCCCAGCAUCCCUCCCCUUAAACCCUAUCAAUCCCCGUCCGCACACCCGAGCCCUCAGUCCUUAUCACUGGGCGUCCAGCCUCUGACGUCCACAGGGGGCUGCACUGUAGUUUGGAGAAAAGCAAUUUGCUAUUCUUGGAGCUCAGCUCUGUCGUGGAGCAUUUGAGAGAGAGAUUUAUGCUCUGCCUCCAGUUCUCCUCCUCGGUGCAGUGAUGUGGUUCUUCUGUUAGGUGUCGUGUGAGACUGGAUGGGCUUAUAAAAUUGAGCGUAUAGUUUUACUGUCAGGUCAGUCAUGAGCUCCAGCCUCGUCAACUCUUUAGCCAAAGUAUAUGAUCCAAACCCACUUCAUGCUCAGAAGCUGGCUGGAAGAAAGCUCUCCCUCAACGGAUCGGACAAAGGUCAAGCUUCGGCUUCUCCGUCCUCCUCCUCGUCCCAGCACGAUGCCUCCCUGCGCAGCAUGGAGAGCAGGAUGGAGUCGUUGAGCUCCCAGAUGGAGCACCUACUGAAGAUGCAGCAGACCGUUCUGACCCGCCUCGACGGCCUGGCCCAGGAUGUGAAGGGGAUGGGUCGGGAUCUGGCCUCGAUGAGCGGCGAAGGCCAGGACGGGAGGCGUUUGUCUGGCAUCGAGGCGGUUUACAGGGAGCUGUUUGGGGCUGUGGAGAGGGCCAGCGAGCGCAUAGAGAGUCAGGGCCGCAGGUUGGAGGGGGUGGAGAAGCUGGUGGAGGGCACCCAGCAGGUGAUCAGCUUCAUUGGGGAGGCGGUGAAGAGCUCCAGAUUGGUGGAGUUCUUCUUCAAACAGCCUGGAAACAAGAUCAGCAGGAAGGCAAAAGAUGACAAAGACAAAGCCAAGCAGAGCCUGAAGGGCAUAAAGGCCCAGAAGAAGAGGAAACCUGUGGACUCAUCAGAAAACACGUCGCUGAGCGAGCCGGUGCUGCAGGAACAAGUGGAAAAGCUCAACAGGCAGAACACCGAGCACUCCCACGCAAACACAGAGGCCGAUGCCAAGAAGAGGGGCAAAGAUGCAGAGCUGAUCCCAGAUGGACCACAAACCUCUGCUUCCCAGACAGAGAAGAGGAAACCUGAAAAAGAAUCAGCAGAGGAAGAGGAUGAUGGAGAUGUCUUUGUGGACACGGAGCCAGAGGAGGAGGAGGAGCAACAGGCAGAGGAGGACGGCACAGAGAAGAGCAGAAAAGUGGAGGAUGAUGGGAAAAAAGGAGAAGCAGAUUAUCAAAAGUCUUCUAUCGUUUCAGACACCUCGAACCUUCUACAUGAAAGCUCUGAAGAGGCCAGCAGCAGCAAACGACGCGUCACGGAAGAAGACCUGGUGAAAGAUGAUCUAAAGAAAAGCCGAGUGGAGGACGGACAAGUGGAAAAUGCUGACAGACAGGUGGCAGAGGCCUCCAGAACUGAGGACACGGAUGAGAGCAGAGAGUCUGCAGUGAAGGAAUUAAUCGUUGACUUAAGCCCACCACCAUCAGCACCUUUCGACCACCGCAUUGUGACGCCCAAACCCCAUCAGAUAGCCACGUACUACACCAUCAAAAGAGACGAAGUCCUCGGAGGGGGGCGCUUUGGACAAGUCCACAAGUGCAUUGAGAAUUCAUCUGGUCUGACUUUGGCAGCCAAGAUCAUAAAAGCCAGGAGCCAAAAGGAAAAGGAGGUGGUGAGGAAUGAGAUCCAGGUGAUGAACCAGCUGAACCAUGCCAACCUCAUCCAGCUGUAUGCGGCCUUUGAGUCUCGGCAUGACAUUAUUCUGGUCAUGGAAUAUGUGGAAGGAGGAGAGCUGUUUGACCGCAUCAUCGACGAGAACUACAACCUGACGGAGCUGGACACUGUGCUGUUCAUACGGCAGAUCUGCGAGGGCCUGCAGUACAUGCAUAAAAUGUACAUCCUGCAUCUUGAUCUCAAGCCAGAGAACAUUCUUUGUGUCAGCAGAGCAACCAACAAGAUCAAGAUCAUUGAUUUUGGCCUGGCAAGAAGGUACAAACCCAGGGAGAAGCUGAGGGUCAACUUUGGUACGCCUGAAUUUUUGGCCCCUGAAGUGAUCAAUUAUGAGUUUGUUUCAUUCCCCACGGACAUGUGGAGUCUGGGAGUCAUCACAUACAUGCUGCUCAGCGGCUUGUCUCCAUUCCUGGGAGACGAUGACAAUGAGACGCUGAACAACAUCCUGGCUUGUCAGUGGAACUUUGAAGAGGAGGAGUUUGUGGACAUCUCUGAUGAGGCCAAAGACUUUAUCACGCGUCUGCUGGUGAAGAGCAAGAGCUGGAGGAUGAGUGCCACAGAAUCACUUAAGCAUCCCUGGCUGUCCGACCAGAGUUUGCACUAUCGACUAAAUCAGAAGAAAAACAAGUGCCACUCCACACACGCUCCAUCUACAAAGACCUGAAAAAAGUUAUUGUGAGGCCCCACUGGCAAAGAGGAGCCUUGGGCCCACCAAUGGACCAAUGCUGCUGUAACUUGACAGCCACUGGAUUACUACUUUGCAUCCAUGUUCCCAUUAUGCCCCACCUGGAAUCAAAAGAAGUCCAGAUCUUCAUCCUCAGCCACCAAAGUGUUGCCACGCACCUGUUACAGACUCUGAAUUAUGAGUCACUUUUAUUUCACCAUGAUGUAUAAUCUGUAAAUAUUGACUUAGCUUUAAAGCAAUCACUUCUGAGUUUUCUUUUUCUUUAGCAUGCUUUGCACUCUUUUGGCCUCCUAUUCCAAGAUUUUAUAAAAAUUAGUAUUGAGAAAACAAAAACUCAGUGCUGUUGUUUAUUUAUUUCCUUUUUAUUAAGAUAGACUAUUUUCUUCCUGUAUGAUUAUUAAUUAUUUAAGUCUUAUAAAUAUGUCUCUUUCUCGGACAGGAGGUUGAAUAGCAUUGAAAAGUUGGUUAAAUUUGAACCCCUUUUAUUUAUUUUGUGUAAAAGAGCACCGCUCAUUCCUGUUUCAGCUUCAAAUUGUUUGAGUGAACAUCUGACACGGUACUUUAUGACAUUUCUUUUUGUAUUUUUUUCUUUUUUUUUUUUUUAUUGGAUGCUGCUUUGCUUUCUGUAUGCACACCUGUACAUGUUGCUUGCUCGUAUUGCUUCGGCAGUUUGGAGUAGCCCUCUCACCUUCCAUGAAGGCUUAACAAACAACACGUAUACCUACAAACGACUCAUGUUUGUGUCUGAAGUGGAUUCUGGCGUUCAUUUAUUCACUGGUUCAACACAGUACUUGAAGUGCUAACCUUUAUUUAAGAUGUGAUUUCUUUUUAUUUUUUUCAGGAAGACUAAUGCAUAUAGUUCUGCACAAAAGCAAAAGUGAGAAAGCACAGUUCAGCUUAAUUCUAGAGUGGAAAUUACUUUUUUUUUACUUUUCUCAUUGCAUACAUAUAAAGUAAUAGCUCUAUUGUUGAACUUUCGCAGAUUGUUUUCUUUUUGCAUUUAAGCAAUUUUUCAUUUGAGUCAUGGCUACUUUGAAAUUAGCACAACUUGUUCAUGUUUCCUUGUCAAAUUGUCGUAAAUAAAUGUGGAUUAUAAAAAAGUCAAUAAAUGUUGCACACUGGAAACGGU